AUUCUAUUUUAUUGUACAGGUUUUUCCUGUGUUGCUUCAUCCAAAAUCUAAAGGAUACAUGGAGUUAAAAUCAAGGAAUCCUUUAGAUCCACUCAAAUACUUUGCUAACUAUCUAUCGGAUCCUGAAAAUCAAGAUGUGAAGACUUUCAUAGCAGGAAUAAGAGAAAUUCAAAGGAUUAGCGACAGUCCGUCGAUGCAAAGAUACGGAGCCAAACUAGUUGAUACCAAAAUACCUGGUUGUGAGGAGUACCAGUUCAAUAGCGACAAAUACUGGGAAUGUUCUCUGAGAACUAUUAUCGCAAGUCUUUAUCAUUAUGUUGGUGCUUGUAAGAUGGGAUCUGAAAAUAAUGGAGAUACUGUGGUAGAUUCAUAUUUGAGAGUUCAUGGUGUGAAACAAUUACGUGUGGUAGAUACAAGUGUUAUACCACUUCCUUUAACGGCUCAUGCUGCUGCCUCGGCAUAUGCAAUUGGAGAGAAAGCUGCAGAUGUAAGCAAAACUGAUUGGUUUCAAUGAUCAGCUAUUCUAAUUUCAAUUGAAAUUUUUGUUUUAAUUUGUCAAAUAAAUAUUCUGUUAUCAGUGCUCUCAUCAUA